AUGAAGGCUGUUCUUUCACUUACAGCCCUCCCGCUGCUGGCCAGCAAUGUUUUGGGAAUGCCGCUGCAGGAUAGCAGCAAUGUGAAGCGUGCAGAUACCAGCGCGUGGAACCCUCCCAGUAAUCUAGUGACCCCCCUCAAUGAGGUCUGGGAGCAUGAGACAUCAACCUACAGUGACCCACUCGGAUUCAAGAACUACGGAUUCGACCAGGUCAUCGACGGCAAAGGCAAGAUCAACUACUGCGUGCGUUGGGACUCAACCAAGUCCGUCACUCAGGAGCAACGUCGAAAGGUCGAGACUGCCGUCCGGCGUUCCUUCAACAAAUGGAUUGAGAAGCUCGCUGGCUUUGAUGGAUUCCCUUAUGACACGGUUGAUGUCAACGUGGUCGGAUGGGCCGUCAAGGAUAAGUCCCUGCUGCAGGGUGAUACCUCUGGCAUCGAGGUGUAUACCACCACCGACGAAAGUGGCACUCCCCAGUGCGAUCCGGGCUGUGGACGCUUCUUCCACCAGGAUAAUGACUACAGUGCUUGUGCAGCUGGAGCUGAUCGUCAUUAUGACCAAAGCUUGUGGCUUACUGAUGGUUUCGAGGGAGGUGCUGGUGGUGACUGGGGCCAGCGUAUCGGGCAGGAGUACUUCAUGCAGGAUCUUGAUCUCGAGGAUAUCCAUAUCUUGCUGCAUGAGAUGGGUCAUACCUUUGCUCUGGAUGACUUCUACGAUUGGACACCAACUGGCCAGACCAACUUCGUUAUGCUGGCUGGCAGUGCAAUGAAGAUUACCGAGUUUGAUGCAUGGAUGGCAAGAGAUUGGUGGCGCCAUUUGAAGUCGCGUUACAACCUCUAA